UUGGAAGGACUGCAGACCUCUGUUCUGUGUCCGCGGGAGCGCAGUUCUCAGCAGGAACAAAGACAGCCGUGGAGGGACUGGUGAGCGAAGUGACUGGCUGUCAGUGAGCUGUUGGUGUCCGUCCACAGCCACAGAGCUUUAAAUGGGAGAAGAGAAGAGGAGUUGUCCAACACUACUCGGGUCUUCACCACACAGGCAGACGUGGAGAGUAACGUUAUAGCAGCUGAAGGGUUUACGGGUCGUUCUUCAACAUCUGGCACUUUCUUGUGCUUUAGCUGACGGCGAGAUAAGCUGGAAGCCGCUGCCGUUUCUGCAACUAAGUUAUUCACUCCGACGACUUCCAAGCGCACAGCAGUAAGGUUGUUACAGGAUGGUGAACAGCAGGGUGGAGGCGCCCACAGUGGCAGUGAUGGGCAGUGGCGGGGGGACAGCCGGCAGGUCAUGCGCAGGAUGUGGAGGUCGAAUAGCAGACCGUUUCCUGCUUUUCUCCAUGGAACGGUACUGGCACACGCAAUGUCUCAAGUGCUCCUGCUGCCACGCUCAGCUGGGCGAGUACAGCAGCACCUGCUACAGCAAAGGAGGCAUGAUCCUCUGCAAGAACGACUACAUCAGGCUGUUUGGACACAGUGGAGCCUGCAGUGCUUGUGGACAGUCUAUACCUGCGAGUGAGAUGGUGAUGCGAGCACAAGGCAACGUUUACCACCUGAAGUGUUUUACCUGUGCGACCUGCAGGAACCGCCUGGUCCCUGGAGAUCGCUUUCACUACAUUAAUGGGACCAUCUUCUGUGAACAUGACCGGCCGGGAGGAGUUCUGCUCAGUGGACAUCCAGCUCCCCUGCAGACCAACAGCAUGAUGUCUGACCAGAAGGUCUGCUGAGGAAGAGGAUGGAAAACCAAACAUGUGCCUUCUCCCCCUCCUUUCUCCUCUGUCUCUUCCUUACCCUCCCCUACCUGUAAAUCCUGCCAUUGGUUGACCGCCCUCCAUUCUGAUGGACUGUCACUCCACAGAUAUUCAUCACUGCUACUGGUCCAGUGCUCUGUUGGAGGGAUGAGGAUGGUUGGAAUUUAUUUAUACAGUAGACUGUUGUCUAACGUGAACUGUGGCAAUAUUACUGAUAAGAACUGGCAUGGCCAGUGGGGGGUGGGGGGGUGGGGGGGGAUGGAAGACUGUCAUUUGUGUGAUUCCAGCAGAAUCAUCCAGUACCUUUACCAAGCUAGCCAGUCACAGUGGGCAUUGAAGAAGGAGAGAACACUGACAAUGUGAUUCCUGAAAGAGGUGAAAUAUUUCCAAAAUCACACAGACUACACACGUAGUGUGACCAGUUUGAGGAAAACAUCUCCUGAGUCGUCAUUUCGGCUGCUGGAUGUCUCCUCACACACUCUGAGAGACAGAUGUACAAAAAAACAUCUACAUAGAUACUUUUAUUAUUUUCUGUAUAAUUCUCUGCGAAAUAUUCAACAAACAAACAUGUUAAUCACGCUCUGGUGGUGAGGUUCCUACCACAGAUACAUGUUGCUUGAAUUUUCUUUUCGCACUUUUUGUACAAAACUUUUCUCAGGCUACUUUGCAGUAUUAAAGGACCAUAUCAUUUUUUGUGUUUCUUUGUUUUUUUUUCUGUUUUUUUUUUUUUACCAUUUUAACCCAUUAACAACAAAUAGUGGCUGGGUCCUUUAUUUACCUCAAUGAGAAAGAACCAUGCCUUUAUUUCUAAUUUCCCCUGCUCCCCAGUUAAUACAAAGUCAACACUUCUUCCAUGUUCACCCUUUGUCUUGAUAAAUUCAGUAUUAUGUCAAUUUUCACAGCACACAUUACAUUACUACUGCAAGAGUCAUGUCAGGCCACUUAUGCAAGAAUCUUUACUCCUUAAAAGUCUUGUGUCCUUCCUGCUUUUAAUAUGAAAAAACAUUGAGCAUUGUUGACAAUAAUAAUAAUAAUAAUAAUAACUAGAACUGUAAGCAGUUAUAAGCAGGGUCCAAGCCUCCCGGCGCAAGCCGCCCCCCCUGGCCCCGCGAGUCGGUCCGGGCCCGCCAUGAUUUAUAAAUCACAGAGUUAUAAAUGAAAAGGGCUUGUGGUUACGGAGAUGUGAAAUGAAUGUAUGUCUAUGGGAGUGUUAUUUGAUUUCCAAUUAAUAGCGCCACCUAGAGGCCGAUUGACGCCAAAUGUCACACAGGCCCUCGAGAGGGCACGCCACAUAAGGUCCCCAAGUUUGGUGUAGAUCGGCCAUUGCAAACGUAAGAUCUGAUAUGACAUCCUGUUUUUAGCGUUUGCGCAAAAAUGUCUUAGCUUAUAAUUCGGCCGUUUUUUGGCGGAUUCCCUCUAUGAACUUUCUUCAGCUUGGUGCAGAGAUGGUCCGUGCGACGUUUCGUGCCGAUCAGACUUGCGGCUUCGGAGGAGUUAAUUAAAAUAGGUUUUCCAGUUUUAAGGAUUUUGCUAAAUGAAACGUCAUCGCACAGAGGUAUAUCCUAUACCAUUGGAAUCGGCAGUAUCCCCCAAACAUGUAGACAUAAAGUUUAUGAAUGUGCGAUGUAGUGGCGCGUAGUGAUGAGGAUAAAUGUCCUUUGGUUCAAAAUCCCAUUGAAAUGAAUGGGGUAUUUGAGCUUCCAUUAUAGCGGCACCUUUAGGCCGAAUUGCACAGAACUUUUCAGGUGUCAUCAGGGCCCAAUUUGGUAUCAAUCGGACUUGUGGUUAUGGAGAUAUAAAAUGCAUGUAAUCUGCAAUAACAGCGCCACCUAUGGGCAUAUUUGGUGCCUGUAGUAAGGGGACCAUGCUGCAACAAUUCGGCACUGGUUUCAUGUCAGUGUGAGUUGUGGUUAUAGAGGAACAAUUUUUUGGGAUUAAAUAGCGCCACCUAGGGGCGAGUUGCACCAAAUUUUGCACAGGCCCUCAGGGGGGCGUCCCACAUUAAUGCUCCAAAUUUGCUGUCGAUCGGCCAUUCCAAAGCGAAGAUAUGACAUAAUUUCCUGUUUAUAGCAUUUUUCGCAAACAUUUGCUAGCAUAUAAUUGCAACAUUUUUUGCGGGAUCAAAAUUUCCUCUACAAACUUUCAUCAGCUUGGUCCAGAGAUUAUCCGUGCUAAGUUUGGUGUCGAUCGGACUUCGGAGGAGUUAAUUAAAAUAGGUUUUUCAGUUUUCGCGAUGUAGCGAAAAAAGUCUAGGCGGAAAUGGGCGUGGCCUAUACCACGAGAUUCAGCUCGAUCCCCCGACUGCAUGGAUAUAAGGUUUUUGAUCGCCUUCGUAGGCGGGAGUUCCAAGCCCAAAUGCGUUGACCUGGCUUAUAGUGUCCCCUAGUUAGAAGUGUGCAGAUUUUUUGCGCCUAAUUUACUUGCAGGGGCUUGUACCUACCCUAUGAGUUUCGCGUCCCUAGCAGUUACCGUCUAGGCUGCAGUAGUGUAAUUAGCGGCAGAAGAAUAAAAAUAAUAAAAACGAGAACGAUUCCAAUAGGGUUACCUGCUCCGCUGGUACUGGGAACCACGAUGCCUUGCAAUCGCGAGUUCCCAGCCUACUCGGGCUUGGACCCCUAAUAAUAAUAAUGAACAUUUCAAUUAGUAUGAAAACAAUAUUUCUGUUUACAAAAAGAAACUCAGCUCAGAGUGAUGAGAAUAACAUGACUCUUAUUGUACUGAUUGAAUUAGUGCUCUGGAAAUGUACAUUGUGUUGAAUUUACCCCUGAAGCAGUUGUGGGAGGCUACAGGUAAUUCUACCGGUCUCAGUGUUUUGCGACCCAGCCUUUAUCUGUUUGUGCUGGCAACUAUAAUGUGAAUACCGGCAUACGCUACAGUAGUUGACAUUUCAGCAAAUGUCGGCAUGUGUUUACAUAAACUAAAAUGGGGAACAUGGUAGACAUUAGUUGCUAAACAUCAGCAUGUUAAAGAAAAACUAUGGUUUAUAACAACUUGAAUUUUAUUUUUGUAGCUUUGGCCAUCAUUUAACACGCACUAUGAUAACUCCACAAAGUACUCUUGUAACACAGCAGCAUGAAGCAGAGAUGAUCAGACAGGUUGAAAACAAACCCUUCCUUAAACUUUAAGUCGUAGGCAGUGUCCUCAUUUAGGAUCCUAGUGGCCUGGGGGUAGAGGCUCUUCCUAAGCCUCUCCAUGCUGGCCUGGUGAAUCCAAUACCUUCUUCUCAACCACAGCAGAGGGUGAGAUCAUUAACAAUUCGGCUAGCCUUAUCUUACACCGCCUGGUUUAAAUGUCCUUUAGGCAGGGUCGGUCACCUUCUAUGAGACGUUCAGCCGUACUAACCUCUCUUUGCAGGGCCUUGCUGUCCUCUUUGGUGCUGUUUCUAUACCACGCAGUGAUGUUCGCUGUCAGGAUGCUUUCAUUAUCUGUGAUCAGGCCCACCACAGCUGUGUCUUCAGCAAACCUGAUGAUGGUGUUGGAGUUGAAAGUGGCUACACAGUCAUGUGUGUACAGGAGUUCAGCAGGGGGCUCAAAACACUGCCCCUGGGAGUGGAUGAGGUGUGUCUACCCACCCUCACUACUAUAAAGGAAUUUAGAGGUACUAUGACACUGGUUUCCCCAGGUCAUGUGAGGGUCAGUUGCUGAAUUAAAGAAAGCCAAAGGUGACAGCCUGUGACUUUCCAGAACAGUAGGUCAGACUCUGCCUCUCCUAUCUGCCUGCUUGGUCCACUGACUGACACAGUUGUCUUGAUAAGGAUGCACUGUUUUCCAUUUGUUAGGUAACCCAAGAUCCAGAUUAUCUUUGUUUUGUUUCAUUACAGACAGACUGACUGGCUCUAUGUAGAGAGUGUUGAAUGGCACAUGUGGCGUGUAGGUAAGCAGAGUCUUGUUUUAAACCAAUAUCCAAUUGAUUUUUCACACAUGUAGAGUGUGGUGAACAACAACCUUGUUUGGACACAUAGUGAAUCUCUGUAGGUCUAGGAAGGAGAAAUAUAGGUUGUGGUGUUACAUUAUAUCUGUGUGCUGUUAUCAGUCUCCCAGGCCGGGCUCAAUAAACAAUGCUGUGAAAGUCAUCAAGAGUCUCUGAGAACUUCUUUACCACACCUGACACAACCAGGAAGUCCCAUGUUGUUUAAUCCCAGGUCCUUGAGCUUUGUGACAAGCCUGGAAGGGACCAUGGUGUUAAACACGGAACCAAUGUCAAUGAACAGCAGGUGAGACACGGUGGCGCAAAGGAUGUGUGCUAUGGCGUCCGUUGAUUGGUUGGUUGGCUGUAGUGGGUCCAGUGUGCUGAAUAGUGAGGAGCAGACCUUGGUCUUGGUUUCUUAGGUACAGGAAUGAUGGUGGACUUCUUGAAGGACAUGUGCAUAACAGACUGAGCCAGGGACAGGUGGAAUAUCAUUAUGAACACCAGCGCUAGUUGAUCAGCAUAUUUUUGUUUGAGGACCAGCCCACUGAUACCAUCUGGUCCUGCAGCCUUUCUAGUAUUCACAUGCUCAGAAAGGGUGUAUGCUGAUAAAGGUUUUAUCAGCGUACAGUGUAGCUGUGCGCUUGUGGUUUCCCUAUGCAAUGAGGGAUUAUUUGAAAAAUUAUGGGUGUGUUCACUUUCAGUUUUACCUCCAAAUAAAAUACAAUUUGGAUUGACCUUUAACUUGUUUACAACCUGUCCGGCUGCUGACAUCACUGUGUUCUGAGACUUGGAGUACUGUAUGGUAUGAUGAGUAUAACUAAUAGAGGUGUUGGCCAGAGCUAUGAAAACAAUACCCAAAUUGAAAUUUUAUUUUUGCUGCAUGUUAGCAUGACAACCACAUCCAUAUUUACAUUUAUUUCACUACUGUUUAAUACCACCAACAAACUUUGGACCUCAAGUUUUAUUCAUAUUUGAAUUUAAUGGAUUUGGUUCUCUUUACAAUGAGUAUUACCACCUCAUUGACUUUUUUUUUAAUAGUCUAUGAUCAUAGAGCUGCAUGGCAGUGGACUCCUAAUCUUGUUAGUUAAUUGUUAGAUAUUACAGGCAAAACCACCAGCACAGUCCCUUGAGGCAGCGAUGCCACUUAGAAUUGAUUAAAAUCAGCCUUUAAUGUCUCUAAAUAUCUGUAUGAAGAAAUGGACAUGAAACAAAGUUUUAGAGAAAGGUUUCUAACAGUGGAGGUUCUUCAAUGUAUUUCAUUGUUUUAUAUUUCCCCAAAGGUUUGUGAUUCCAAUCACUAAGUUGUUCUGGAUUUAUAAUAAUUUUUACACAAUUAAUCGGUGGAGAUAUACACAAGGAUUCCUGACUUUUUAGGAGGGCAACUACAGGGCCAGGUAAAUGCCCUCCCUCCAUAUGAAUGGGUUUUCUUUAUAGUGUAUCACGAUGUACCUUCUGUUCUUCUGCUCUUGAUGGUAGUUCCAGACAUCAUGAAUAUGUGUAGAGUUCAUACAGUGUUUGUAAUUGUGUUUGGAGAAAAUGUUUCUACAAGAGAUUUAGCAGCAGUGAUGUAUACUGUACAAUCUAAAUGUUUAUAGCAGCAGGGGUCGAGUUUUUACGGUUUAAACUGGUCACUCUAAAGUUCAUAAAUAAGUGAAGGAAGAUUGAGAGGAUAUGUCCAAAGUGCACUAUUAUCCUGUCGUGUGCUACAGUGUAUUAAUCAUGUUUUCUGUGUUGAAAUUUGUAGGGGGGUUUUCAAUCAAGAGAGACUGUGUAAAAAAAGAACUAAAAUAAUUUAGUCAUUCAGCUGUGUCUCACAUGUGAUGAAUGCUUGAUUGUGCUGAGGAUGAUUUGGCUACAGCUACAUCAAGUGUGUAGCAACGAGUUACAGAUAGCCGCUUCAGACUGAGUAAGAAGCAAGAAACGCUUGUGGUUCUAAGACCAACAUGGCUGAUUACCCACAGGAAUGGGAUUUCAAAGGCCUGAGCUGAGGCCAUUACAGAAGAAAUUAAAGUAGGAUGCACUGGAGGCUUGCAUGGGCUUUAGCUGCACUCCAGUGUUGCAGUCUAAUGAGGCCUAAUCUGGUGAGCUGGUCUAAUUAAAAGGGAGGGAGCUUUUUCCUGUGGGCAGUAGGCACAUCCGCAGCUGUCUGAGGGGGAAAAGCAAAGUCAGAUAAUGCAUUGUUUUCAACUAUAAAAAGUGUCAUAUUUCUCUAUUCUCUGUCCGUUCAAAUUAAAACAUUUAACUUGACAUUUU